AUGACAAAGAUCGAUCUGAGAAAACUCAACGAGACUUAUCCAGAAAAAACCUUGGGUGAACCGAAAUUUAUCCUUUCGAAUGAUUUUCUUAUUAAAAAUCAAUAUUUGUGUCACGGAGGAAGCGUUCCACCAGCCAAUGAACCACGCCUACUGAUCUUUGUCAAAUCAGCAAUUCAGAAUCGACAAGCCCGACAAGCGAUUCGGAUAACAUGGGCGAAAAAAGAUUUUCUACAGAAAAAUUCCGUCCGAGUGGCUUUUGUCCUUGGCAUAAAUAAAGAAAAUUUUAACAUUGAUCAAGAAUCGAAAGAUUUUGGAGAUAUUAUUCAAAUUGAUAAAAUUGAUUAUUAUUAUUACAAUUCAUAUAAAAUGGUAAUGAUGCUCCGUUGGGUCGAUAAAUAUUGUACAUCUAAAUCAUUCAAUGAAAACUUAUAUAAUUAUGUGCUGUUUAUUGAUGAUGAUUAUUAUCUCGAUCUGAAUUCUUUACUAACAUAUUUGAAUAAAAUUGAUCAAGAUCCUCAAAUGACGACCGAGGACCGGCGAACGUUUAUAACUGGUUAUGCUUAUCGUGAGUCACGUCCACGGCGAUAUUUGAAUGAUCGUUGGUACAUUUCUAUGGAUGAUUAUCCAUAUGAUCGUUAUCCGCCUUACGUCACAGCUGGAUGUUUUCUAAUGACGAGAUCUAAUGCACGUUUAUUUCACAUCGCCUCAAAUUAUAUACGUUUAUUUCGUUUUGAUGAUAUUUAUAUGGGCUUAUUAGCUUAUUCAAUGUCAAUUCCAAUAAUUCCAAAUAAUGAGUUAUUCUCAUCGUACAGUUCGUCGAUAGUUUCAUUCGAUAAUCAAACCGGAGGAUUGUUUACUAAAUGGAAGACGUUUUUCAGUCAGCAAAUAGAUAUGCGAUCAUCGUUAAGACCAAUUUGUAUUCAUGGAUAUCGUGGAAAUGACUUAAUUCAGAUAUGGAAUCAUCUUUACUCUACAAAUUUAACUCUUUCAGUGCUCUACUGA